ACACGUCGCUCUCUAUCUCUAUCUCUAUCAUCGAUACCUAUACAAGCAGGGAGACAGCCACAAUGCCCCCACGGCAGCACCCCGCCUACCACGCCGCCCCGUCCUAUCCCACUACAUCCCCCCACGAGCACACCCACACCCCCUCAUCGUCCCAUCGCAGUACCCCCGUGUCGCCUGCUGCUUCCCGUCAUUCGAGGCAUCCGUCGCAGUCUUCGAGCUUCAGUCAACGCAGAGGGAAGGGAAGUACAUGGGGGAAGGGCGAUGUACCGCCCGUCCCUGCGUUACCCGACUAUGCUAGGAGGUACUCGGAGAAGAGCGCUUGGUCCCUACCUCCUGUCCCCGGUGCUGCCGCAUACUCGCCCUCGGUCGGCGGCACCUCGACAGCAGAUACCCUCCGCGGCAGUACGCCCUACCGCCGCCGCAGGCGUCAGAACAAAGAUCCUCUAGCCACUCCCGGUACGCCCGGUACACCAGGGUCCGGGGGCGGGGCGGAUGGAGAAGAUUGGGCAGAGGUGGAGCCUGAUGAGGUGUUUAGGCGCUUACCGGUGGGCGAGGUGAAAAGGAUCGAGGCAAAGAUGAGGAGUGAGGCGCUGGGGAAGCAGAGUGAAUUGAGGUCCAUGGUCGGGACGAGGUACAGAGAUCACCUCACCUCUGCAUCGCAGAUAACUACCCUGCGCUCAUCCUCCCUCCGUCUGUCGGACAAUCUCAAAAAAGUCGUGUCGGGAUGCACAGAUCCGACCGGUCUGGGCGACGGCGCCCAUCGGGAUGGGACGGACGACGAUGCAGCGUCGAAUACGAGCGAGGGCGAAGAGGUGGUACAUAUGCUGCCUGCUGCAGCUCACAUGAAGCUUCUACUCGACGCUCCUGAAGCCCUGUACGCAUUACUAGGAUCCAAAAACUUCCUCCAAGCCUCUUUCCUCUGGCUCAUCUCCCGCUCCACCAAAGAAUCCCUCUCCUCCCUCCCUCCCGCCCAAUCAGCGCCUUACCUGCACUUGUUCGGGAAACAGUGGGAGCUGCUCGCGCCUCUGCGGGGGGCGAUAGCGCAAAGAGCUGGAGAGUCUUUGAAAAACUGGCAAGCCGACGGCGAGAGUUCGAAUUCGAGCUCGAGUUCGAGUUUGAGUGAGAAGGAGCAAGAGAAGGAGGUGGCGGAGUGUUUGCUUGGGUUGGUGCUGGUGGAAGGGCUCGGGGUUGGGGAUGCGCUGGCAUCGUUCUUGAACCAGAGGGCGAAAGCCGUCAAGGAGAUCCUCAACCACCCAUCCUCUUCUUUUUCAUCUUCUUCCAAGCGUCAAUCCCUCUCCCCUCAAACAUCCCGUCGCUCCAGGGCCCGAACCAACUCGCUCCUCUCCCAAAACCCCACCAACCCCACCCGAGAGCGAGAGAGUAUCGCCAAAACACUCGUCUCCGCCGUAAAGUGCUUGCUCCAAACGGCCCAGACUGCCCGCGCCGUGUUUGGCCCGAGAGCAAGUGGGAGUGGGGUAAAAGAGGGGAAAGAGAGUUUGUUUGAAGAGAUGAUCCGGUUGGUUCAGAAAGGCGAGAGCUCAGCGGGCGGCGUGGGGGUGGGGUCGUCGCCUCUGAAGGGUGUCCAAACCCAGGCUCCGGCUUCGAGGCACGCGUCAAAGCACCAAAGACGCACCAGCAGACUUCUCUCCAUCUCCCUCCCUCUCCCCGUCCCCCAAGCUUCUUCCAGCACCACCACCGGCAAGGACGCUCAAGCCCACCCCUCGCGCCCCCCCAUCUCAGCCCCCCAAACCCUCCUCCCCCUCCCCUCCUCCCAGAUCCUCCUCCGCCACCUGCCCAACCCCAUCACCUCCUUCACCCCCUUCAUCACCCCCGGCCCGCCGGUCGAUACCGAAGCUGUCGUCCAAGCGUGGGAGCGCGGGUUGGUCGGCGUGUUUCGGCAGGAGGUCGGGGAGGGGUGGUUGGGCGGGUUGAAGAGUGUGAGGGAUGUGUGGUUUGUGAGGGAAAAGGUGCUUGAUGUCCUUCGUUCCUUCUCCCCUGGGUCGACCGUCUGUGGGGAAUUCGAAAAGACGCUCGAAAGCGGAUGGACAUCCCGCGUCGAAAGCGUAUGGGACGAGAACCUCGCUUCGCUCGUCACCUCGAUCCACUCCACCGUCCUCUCUGGUGCGACAGAGUACAACGCUUCAGACUCGGACUCGGGGGCCGGGGGGGAUAAAGAUCCUCAAGGAUGGCUGUUGCAAGAAUUCGAGCUCCCCUUCGACAACCUCCCCACCUCCUCUUCCCUCCUCUCCCUCUCCUCGCCUCCUUCCGCCUCCGGUCCAUCCGGUCCAAACACCACCACCACCGCCUACAAAACAUUCCUCACCUCCCUCCGCGCCCGCGCCCAACUCCGCACCCCCCUUCUCGACACCGUCCUCUCCAAAAUCGAAGCCCUCGCAAAGGCCAUGCGCGAGGAUCUGCUUGUGGAUCUGCCACCAGCUUUGAGGGAGAGUUAUGGGCGGAAGGUGGGGGAGGUUUGGGGGGAUGUUGUUGGGGCUUUGGAGAGGGUUCUUGAACAAGUGGGAGCCGGAGCUGCGGAGGGGGGAGGGGUGAUAGAAGGGGAGGGAGAGGGAGAGGGAGAGGGAGAGGGAGGGGGGAAGGGAGAAGGGAAGGCGGGGAAAGAGUUGUUCGUUGGCAGAGUUGCGCUGUACCUCUCAGAGAAGAGUGUGUUCUUACAAGACCUUGCUGGAGAAACUGUACUCGACCGAGAAAAAGUACAAAAGUCAUUACUCAACAUCCACGCAAGAUCAACACAAACCUGGCAAAAAGCCAGUCUAACCCACGCGCUAUCGCUCCUCGGACCGCUCUUCUCUCCUCUGCGUACGGAUAUCGAAAUCACCGCCUUCUGGCCUACCUCCCCAUCCCCAUCUGCAUCUCACGCCCACGCCCUCCCGGCAUCGCCGUCCCAACCAAUCAUACAGGCCCUGUCUGCGCUCGCCAAAGCGACAACACAGCUGGGCAUCCCGAGCGAUGUAAUGGAACGCGUCGGGGUGGUGAGGGGGUUGCUGGAAGAGGUUAUCGAGGGCGUUGUGGGGCUGCCAGGGUGGGGCGAGAGGUUGGCUCUCCUCAGCUCCGGCUCCGGCUCCGGCCCAGGGUCAGGCGGGGGGGCGUGGGAAGAACAAGCCAUCGUCGAUAUCGCCUUCCUCCUCUUCCUAACACCCUCCAACCCCCUCACCCACCCCCUCAUCCAACGACUCCUCCUCACCCUACCACCCGCUUCACGCGCCGCCUUGAGUGAGUCUCUCCAAGGGAUCAACCUCCAGACCCUGCGCCAGAGCCAGCUCCUCCUGCAUCCUCUGACUUUACACCUGUCCCCCGCCUCCGUUGGCGUGCCGAACGGACCGGAGAGUGUCGCCAAGGCCGGGGGUGGGGGUGGGGGUGGGUAUAGGCCGGAUAAGAAUGCGUUCUUGUUACGGUUUGGAGCGCCUGUUACGACUUCUGGGACUGGGGCGGGAGGGAGCGAGUUUAGGAGCCCGGUGCCGGUUGGGAAGAUUGGUAAGAGGAUGGGGUUGUUGAGUUUGGCUGUAUGA